CUCCUGGUGGUGAAGUGUAGAACUCCCUGUUCAGGUCGCCUUCAAGAGAGGCGCGUCACGUGACCGCGUCGGGCGCAGGGGGCGGGGCCGAACGGCCAGGCGCUGCCGGGUCGCCUAGCAACGGCGCCACGGAGCGCCAUGCAGGCCCGCGGCAGUAGAGAGCAGGAGGCCAGGGAUUAUUUGGAAAAACAUCGGAUUAUGGAGUUGCUGAACUAUCUCACCAGCACCCUGCUCUUUUUCCGGCCAGCAUUAUUCACAGGAGCCAAGAUAUGGAAACAGCCUAAGUGUCUGUCUACAGAUGGAUGGAUGAUGAAGAUGUGCUGUGUUUAUAGAAUGGAAUAUUAUUCAGCCGUGAGAAAGAAAGAAAUCCUGCCAUGUGCAACAUGGACGGCCCUUGAGGAUAUGCUAAAAAAACCAAGAGAGUAUUUAAUAUCUGUAUUGGAACGACUGAGAAUUGCCAAAAUGACAGGCUUGGCUUUUCCUUUCUUUAUGGAUCAUUCUAACAUUGUGUCUAUGUUUGAAAUGAUGGACACUUCGAAUAAAGGCACCAUAUCGUUCGUGCAGUACAGAGAAGCCUUAAAAACCCUGGGUCUGUUGACUGCAGAUGAAGUUUUAAAAGAUGAUGGACAUGCAGUAACUCUGGAUAAAUUCAGACGUGAAGUGGCCCCUAGGGCUGUGAAAAGAGGAAUCAACAUCCUGUAAAGCUUGAUGCCAUCAACAGUCAUUGUUAAGUUCUGAGCUUACUGUUUGAAGUAAUUUUCUGGCCUCUUGCAAUAGCGGGAGAACAGGGGGAACAGGUUCCGAG